CCAUGUCCAACGGUGGAUUUCACCCGGUCCAUAAGAGAAAUCCUUAAGCAUAAUUGUAAUUAAAUACUAUUAUUAGCGUUAAAUCGACGAAGGAUUGGUCCGUCGCAGCGGACUUAAGGAUUCAAUCCUUAGCCACGCGUCACGUGGUGAGUGGAUCGAAUUUGUGUUUGGUUUGUGUAGGGUCGAAAAAAAAAAUCAUUCUCGAGCCAAACCGAAAAAAAAAAACUCCUCUUCGACAUAAGGCGAUUUCGAGACGAUUCUGCUCGAUCUCUCAUCCUCGGCUCGUGUAAGAUAAACGAUAAUGGGACGAUACAGUUACAGCCAGCCUUCUUCCUCCUCACACUCUCCAGACUUAACCUCCCUCCUUGAAGCCGAAUGUGAGAUGUACGCGGCUGAAGCUGAGAUUACUCGGUGGAAUGCAGAAGCCAGUGACUGGGAACCAUCAGCAGAGGGUGAUGAUGGCAUCCCAAGGACAUGCUACUGUGGUUCAGAGCCAGUUCACGGAUACUCCCAAACGCCAAAAGAUCCAUACCGACGUUACAUAACGUGCUCCAAUGCCGAUGAUAGAGACUGCCACGUCUGGAAAUGGUGGGACGUGGCGGUGGAGGAGGAGCUGAGAGAGUUUCAGAGGGAGCUUAAUGCGGUUAAGGGUGAAGCGAAUCAACGUGAGCAGAAGUUACUCCGUCUUGAGAAGCAAGUUUCCGAGUUCACAAAGAAGAAAUCAGGAGCUAAGCUAAUGGUCUUCAGCUUAGUGUUAGGGUUGGUGUUGCUUAUUGUGCUAGGAAUACUUGGAAAGGAUUCAGAGGAUUGGGGCGUACGUGCUUUGUUUCUUUAACGAGGUAAUUAUAUUAUUAGUAGUUGUAGUAAUUUAGUUUCGAAACCGGAAGGAAAAUUAAAUGUGCUUUUAGGUUUUGAUUUGCUUGGAAAGAAAGUAGUUGUAGUUAUUUAGAUUCGAAACCGGAAGGAAAGAAAGUGGUUGUAGUAAUUUAGGUUUGAUUUGAUGUGCUUUUAAUUAGUCGAGUAGUUAAUGAACUCAUUUGCUUUCCACCUUCUCAACUGCUCUGAUCUGAUUGCUAUUAAUCGAGUAGAAGGCUUACUUAAGCCCUCUGUGUCACUAGUAGAGUGUCACAGAGAAACAAUUAAAACAAUGGCUAAUGGAAAAAAUUUUAGUAAUCUUCUCUUUAGUCAAAUUCCAGUUGACCUUGAUUCACCUGAACCUUUUUGGUUCGGUAGUCAAGGUCCUGAUGACUCUCCUUUCAUGAGUGCUCCCGACGUUCCUGCUAAGUCUCCUGUGAGCUCUUCUCCGGACGUUCGGGCAAAGUCUGGUGUGAAUCCAAAUGCCUCAUGUCCUGAGAGGAGAAAAUGGACUCCCAGAGAUGAUAAAAUCCUUAUUGGUGCUUGGCUAAACACCAGUAAGGACCCUGUGAUGAGCAACGAGCAGAAGUCCACUUCUUUCUGGAAGCGUAUAGUAGAGUACUACAACGCAAGUCCUCUCCUCGCUGGGACAGUACCGAGAGAGAUCACCUCUUGCAAGCAGAGGUGGUCUAGGAUUAACGGCGAUGUAUCCAAGUUCUGUGGCUGCUACGAUGCGGCUCUGAGGGAGCAGAGAAGUGGGCAAAACGAUGAUGAUGUGAUGAAAACCGCCUUGGACAUUUUCUUCAACACGGUCGGCUACAAGUUCGCCAUGGAUCACUGCUGGAGGGAGCUGAGAUACGACCAGAAAUGGUGCUCCCACUAUCCUGCUAAGGACGCUGGAAAGGAGAAGCGCAAACAAGCUGUGGAGGUGGAUACAGAAGUGGCCGAAGGUGUCGAUCCAGAAGUUAGACCUCGCGGGGUUAAAGCGGCCAAAGCUAGUACCAAGAAGAAGAAGAGUGGCAGGGAGGAGGAGUUGUCGAGGCUACAUGGGGUUUUAGAAAUUAAAGAGAAACUGUCUAAACAAAAGCUUCUUGAUCGUUUACUAGCUAAGAAAGAACCUCUCUCAGAUAUGGAAAACAGUCUCAUGCUCAAACUAAUGUCCGAAAUGAUAUGAUCUAUUUUCAAUCUUGCUUUUGAGGUAGAACUGUUUGUGUACUGAUUGUUUUUUAAUGGUUAUGACACGGUACUAACUCUUGUCACUCUGUUUUGACAGGUUCGCAUGUGGGAAGGAGUCACGGGUCUUUAUCUGAUGGAGUAGGAAUCACGGGUGAUGGAGUAGGAUUCACGGGUGAUGGAGUAGGAAUCACGGGUGUAGUUGUAUGAGUCACGGGUCACUCUCUCUAGCAUAUGUAUUAUAAGUAGUAGUUGUAGUCUUUGCAGUGUAGUCUCAUUGUUUUCCUCUUGAGAGUCAAGUUCAUGUUUUCAGAGAGUUUCUAAAGUACUCUCAUUGUUUUCCUCGGAUCAUAUGUAACAUUUCACGGAUCAUAUGUAAGCUUCACUUUGUAUCAAAACUUAUGUAACAUUAUAUUCUUCUUUGUAUCAAAACUUAUGUAACAUUAUCUUCUUCUUUGCUUA